AUGACAUCUAUAUUACUUAUUCUAAUUAUCAUCUUCAUAAUGGAUGUAUUUAUGAUGAUUCGUCGACAAAAACUUACACUCUUUAUUGAUGCUAAAGAAUCAUCAACAGUUCUUGAAUUAAAAAAAAUGAUUGAAGGUAUAACAAAAGUACCAUCAAAUAAUAUACGUUUAAUAGUUGAUUCAACAAAACAACCAAUGGAUGAUGAUAAUCAAACACUUGCUGAUUGUGGAUUAUCAGGAGCUGUAGCUAAGGCCUAUUCUCCUACUCUUCUUUAUUUAUGUUACCGUAAGACUGGUAAUGAAAAUGAAUGGGAACCAAUUGACGUUGCUGAAUUGAGUACGCCACCACCAUUGCCUGAUGUAUUUAACAAACCGGACGAUGAUAAAAAAGACAAUACUCAAAUUGCUUCUUAA